UUCUCCGUUCCUUAUAUAUCUUGACCCUCCUCCCAUUCUCUCUCCUCUCUUUCUCUCUCUCUCGGCUUCUUUGCCCCCUCUCCAUUUGGUUUGGGCCGGCUCUUCUCCGCGUUAUCUCCUCCUUCUCUCUUCUCUUCGUCCCUAUCGGGGUUCACCUUGCACGUCAAAUGUCUGUUGAUCUCAGCGUCAGAUUUGCAUGGUUUCUUGACUGUGAUUUCAGUUUCAUGAACCGGGGCAGGUUGUGGUGUUGUCUACGAUUCUUGUUUCGACACUGGACUUGACAGAUAUUGAAGGUUUUGUGACAAUGGUUGCUUGAAGUUAAUUAUUUUGAUUCUGGGUUGGUGGAUGUUUUUAAUGUGUUUGUUGGAAUUUUGAGGUAAAAAAGAAGGGAAGAGGUUUGUUGCUGCAGAAGGUAGGAAACAAUUCUGUGUUCUUUUUUAGCGUUUCAAAGCAAGGGGUAUACUGUAAUAUUGAGGUUUUCAAGUAGUGAAGUAUUCUGUGGGGAGUUUGAUGGCCAGAGCAUCCCUCCCGCCUGGCUUUCGAUUUCAUCCUACUGAUGUUGAGCUGGUGAAAUAUUAUCUCAAGAGGAAGGUCCUAGGAAAACCACUGAUUCAAGCAAUUUCAGAGAUAGAUAUAUACAAGUUUUCUCCUUGGGAUCUGCCAGAGAAAUCGUGCUUGAAAAGCAGGGAUCUGGAGUGGUAUUUCUUUUGCCCCAGAGAUAAGAAAUAUGCAAAUGGACCAAGGACAAAUCGUGCUACUGAGAUUGGAUAUUGGAAAACCACAGGGAAGGAUAGAGCCAUCUGCCAUAAUUCACAAAUAGUUGGGAUGAAAAAGACUCUGAUUUUUCACACAGGUCGUGCACCCCGGGGAAAUAGAACAGAUUGGGUGAUGCACGAAUACAGACUUGAAGAUAGGGAUCUGGUUAAUGCAGGCAUUUCUCAGGGUGCAUAUGUACUUUGCAAAAUCUUUCAGAAGAGUGGUAUAGGCCCAAAAAAUGGCGAACAAUAUGGAGCACCAUUUAAAGAGGAAGACUGGGAUGAUGAUGUGGUAAAUGAACCUUUCUCUGCUCCUACUGCUGAACCUGGUUCUUCAUCUGGUUUACAAGCUGAUGAUCUAAAUGCUUCCAUUAUGCCUGGGAGUGUGUGUGAGUCUUCGUUGGAGCCUAUUCCGUGUCAAGCUGUGCCUUCUAUUAACAAUGUGGAACAUUUUUUGCCUGAGAGUGAUGAUAUUUCUUCUUUACUGGCAAUGUUUGGCAAUGAAGAUGAUGCUUUAUUUUCUGCUGACCAUGAUAAAAAUGAGAAUUUGCAAUCAUAUAAUGUCAAUGAAUCGACUCAUUUGGAAGGGAAUGGGAUUUUUAAUGCGUUGGAGGAUAUCAUAACCUUGGAAGAUCUGAAUAGAUCCCAUUUACCCCUUAGCAGUUCAGAAGCUGAAUGUCCUCUGGAUCAAUCCUUUUUGGAGUUGAAAGAUCUGGAGCAUCCACUAGCAGCAGAUCCUUGUGUGGUUAAUGGUGCUGAGCAAUUUCCAACUGUUGAUCCAUUCAUCUACUAUGGCAAUUAUGAUAACUUAGAAGGAUUCUGUGGUUCAGUUCUUCCUUUGGAUGUUGUUCUUUCUACUCCUGGGGACAAUGGUGUUGGUGGAAAUAGUGCAGCAUAUGAGGCUGAUAUAUGUGACCCUACUGCUCCAAGUGAAAAUGCAGAAGAUAGAGAGAAGCAAUAUGCCACACAGGCCUUGGCAAGAGGUGAACAAAGAGCAUCAUCCUAUUCCAGGCUCCAAUGUCUGUUAGACAACAUCCCCGCUCAUCCUGCCUCAGCCGCAGAACACCCGUCACCUACCAGCAGAGAAAAUCGAGCCACAAGCAUUAGUCUCUCAUCUUCAUAUGGUGGCUCCUCCAUCCAUGUCAAGGCCAAGGUGACUGCUGGGUGUGCGUGCACUAAAGACACUCCAUCAGACAAGUUGGGGGAGUUUCCUUGUAUUUGUUGCUAUGGCUACAACCUAUCGAGGAAGGAGUUUAGGGAACAAGCGGCUAAUCGUGGCAAUGGGCUCACAUUUGUUUUCUUCUUGGGAAUGGUCUCAGCCUUGAUCUGGCUUUCUCUUUUUGUAGUCAGUGUUAAACUUGGGAAAUAUGUAUGGGGGCUGAUUCUCUCAUAGUUUUUUCUGUUGGUUUGCGCUAUCUUCAUUCAGCUAUCUAUUAAUUAGAAUUUCAUUCAUAUAUGAAAUCUGUAAGGUUAUCAAGGUUUUUAUUUAUUACUCAAGGAGAGACUAAUCCAAUGUUUUUCGUAACUUUUUAUGCUUUGAAUUUAGGCUGUGUUUUAUUC